AUGCCUACUGAUCUCGCAACCGGAAACUACAAGCUCAUGCAAAUGUCGUUCGAUGUUGCUUCAGUCAAGAGCAGGGUGAUAAUGCCGGAGUAUGAAUUCAAGGCGGCACCGCCCGCGCAAUCGUUAGCAAUGCUCCGCACAUUGAAGCGCCUUUCCACUUCACGACACUUCGAUCUUUACGCAAAUCCUGAUAAGACAUCUGACCGUGGUGUUAGAGACGCCUGUGACAUGCUUUCAAGUAAUCAGGGUCGACGGGUCAAGACUCCUACUGUAGACCUCAAAGCUCUGUAUCCCGGUAAUCGACCUGGUGGUAUCAAUCUCUGGUCCAAUCAAGGCAUACAUGAAGAUAAACCCUCUUCUGAUGGAAAGCGCGAUGCGACCACGUCCGUCGCACUUGGGCCGCCAACUGCUUCUGUCAUUCAGCUGCCUCCGUACGAGUCGCCUUCCACCAUUCCUCCCACAGCGUCUAAUCGAGAGGGGACUGCUAUCCAUCCUGCACCCGAAGACAUCAAAUCUGGGUCCGUUGCAGUACAACCGCCACUGGAACACGAUGGUUUGUUUUCGCCUCUGCCUCCCUCGUCACCACCAGUAGCUCAAUCUUCGCUCUCUCCCGGCUAUUCUGCGACCUUUUUGUCAAGCAUGUUCACACCGAUUGAUACGGCCGCAGAUCCACCCGUGUAUACCGUAAAGGCAUUCCCAGGUGUAUUGCCUGCGACAGCACUGCAAUCUGAGGCUUCGAAACACAGAGUCCAACGACUGGCGAGCGUAAGCUUCGACGUUGAGGUGGCUGCAUCUUUACCAGUGGUCGGCACACCCAGGUGUACGCCUGGCGCAACCGGUUCUUCAGUGCGAGUCACAGAUUCACCCAAGCGCAACCGUAGUCUACGGUAUUCAUGCACUGAUGUGGGCAACAGCGAAGACCUACCAUCUAAGAAAACAUUCGUCGCCGAUCGCACCCUGAAUCGUCGAAUACAUUCUAUGCAAGAACUGUUUAAAUCUGACAUUGUGCUCGUCUCCCCCACUGUGGUAGACAGUGCGCCACCAUUCCUUGAACAGAUCACAAUCAGUGAGGAAGAUGCUGAUAGAGAGACGGAGGAAGAAAAGGCUGCUCCCAUGACAGAAUGGCUUACAGAAGCCUGGAAGUACUGUCCAGAUGCAUACCGCCUUUUCAAUGCUGAGCUUUCGUGGUUCGGGUCUGCUUUGGCUUGUGGCGCUAACGUGAGCGUUAUAGCUGACUGCCAUCUUAGCUGCACCCUUGCUCUCAUUCGACAUUGUACAAGGAUAGCAAUCGCAGCAUCCCCUGGUGCCACAGAAUUGACGGACAAGAAUCUCGUCAGAGAUGCUGAUCUUGCCACCUUGGUCACAUGGCUCUGUGAACUACAUCUAGGAGCUGACAUGAAGUUGUUUCCUGCUCUGCUGGAAUUAUCACUACUAGGGCAGAGGGUGUUUCGUACGUGUCCUGGAGCCGUGGGGCUUGAUGCCCUAAAGUGCCAAUACACCCGACAGAAAGCAGCAAUUGUAAUUCGCGCUUAUCUUCGGUUUGGCCAGCAGCCAGAUCGUGAUGAUCACGGGAUGGUUGCAAGAAUCAGUGCGUAA